AAUGUUUUUUGUCUAUGAAACACCAGAUAUUAUUGAUAAUGUUUAAUUCAUUAAAUUAAAAAAUAAGGAAGGUUUAGGAUAAGAAGAUCAUCAAUUUAUAUAGGAUUUAGAUAAGUAAUUAUAAAUACAAAUAAUUAAGAUCAAGAAGUGAGUUUAGAUAAAUACUAAAUCAUUAAAACAUAAAGACCUUAGUUGAGAAUAGAAUAUCAUUACUGACAAAAAAGGAUUUGCUUGAUAGUUAUUUAAAGACAAAUGUUGACAUGGUAUGAUUAAAAUAUAUCUUAUAGAUGAGAUUAGUAUUGAUAAAAAUAAAAGAACAUCCGAAAUUUAGUUACAAUCUUACAAUAAAUAAGAAAUAAUAGUAAUACAAAACAGAAUCAAUAAAUAGUAUAAAUAGAAUAUAUAUUAAAAUUAGCUGCUGAAGAAGCAUGUGGAUGUGAAAUUGUUAUGGUUAGAUAUAUGUAUUUGUUGGGAUUCAAUAAUGCUGCAACUCCUCAUGUAUUAAGAUUAAGAUAUUCUAUGCUCUCUACUCCUAAUAAUAUUGAUUUAAAUGAUGUUUAAGAAGGUUUAAAAGUAAUAUCAGCUGGUUGGAUGCCUUUCUAAAGAUUAUGUAAUGUAAUGGAUGAUUUAUUACAUUUCUUGGUUACUAAGUAAUAAUCUUUAAUUCCAGAACUUAAAAUGACAACAAUAUUUUCUUUUAAAUUGUUAAUAGAAUGCAAUAUGAACUUUUUCUAUUUAGAAAUUUUUAGAUAAUAAAAAUCAUAUGAAAACAUGGUCAGAGUUUGUAAAUCCAGUUAUACUAAAUUAAUAGAUGCAUAUAAUCGAUUGACUUAAAUUAAAGAUCAAAUACAACCAGAAAUACUUGAAUAUUGUCUUAGUGGACAAAAGUAUUUCAAAGUUUAUGGUAUAUGGAGUAUAUUACUAAAAAAUGAAAAUGACAUCUUAUUUGACAGAACUAAAAACAAAAGUUACACUAUUCUUACUGCUGAAUGCUAUAAAAUUGCUAAUCAGAUCAUGUAGACAGCUUAAGAACUUUCUUCAAUCAAAAACAUAAACGAAUAUGAUUAAUUCACUUUAGGAUUGAUAUAAAAUGUAAUGACUCCUACUUUAUCUAAACCUCUAUAAGUUUACAUUUAAAGUGCUAAAUAACCAUGUUAGCUACCAGAUUAAUUACUUGUCUAAGUAGAAUCUCUAGACUACAUCGAUUCAAUCAAAUAAUGA